AUGGUUGAGGAGGCAAGCCAACCUCUGUUGAAUAAGGAUAUCGACAGUCUACCACUUCGUCGAUCAUCUUCUACAGACAAAUCGUUGCAGGAUCUUUCUGCCGAAUCUCCUCAACCGUUAGAAUUACCCUCCGAAUCGACCCCCCUUCUUAUACAUUCGAAUGACGAACUAUGGUCUUACGGUGGCGUCGAGCCCACAAUAUUGUCUUCCUCUGAGCAACGGGAUAAUCCCCUGUAUGUAGAUCCGAGGCGACGACGCAGCAGCGUGCGAUGGCGGAUCUUGUGCAUAUGUUUGACACUGACCGCUGUUGUGGCCAUCCUGAUCUUCGCCUUUGUCGCCCCAGCGGUUGUGAAACAAUACGUGAAGGAGGCUGCCGUCUUCAGGCCGACCAGUGUGUCAAUUGAAUCGGCCACGGCGAAUGGGGUGCAAACAAGGGUCCAAGGGGAGCUCGUGCUGGAUGCAAACCGCGUGCAAAGAAGCUCGGUGCGCUACCUGGGUCGUUUGGUCACCUGGGUGGGAAGGGAGAUCGAAACAAGCGAGUCGGACGCCCAAAUCUAUCUUCCGGAGUAUGGGAAUAUACUCGUUGCCACGGCAUCCCUACCUUCUAUCAAGAUUAAUAUCCAGAAUGGCCACAUGAAUCAGAUCGGGGUUUUGGCAGAGCUGGUAGCGGGCGACAUUAACGGAAUCCGGUCGGUGGCGGUGGACUGGUUAGAAGGAAGACUGGGGCAGCUGAAAGUCAAUGGGAUUGCAACAACACGUUUGAAAUCAGGACUGCUGAACUUGGGAGAUCAGAUUCUAAUGGAUUCGAUUACUGUGAAAGAGGAUGAUUUUCCACAGUUACCCGCCGUCAGUAUAUCCAAGUUCAACGUACACGAUGCAGACCCGUCAGAAGGGAAAGGGGCGAUGGUAGUGGAUCUUUCGGUUGCUGCCAUCCUUGACUCUCCUUUCUCUCUUAGAAUCCCACCCCUUGGGUUCGAAGUGAUGGUCCCUAAUUGUUCUCCUGGGGAUCCGUAUAUAUCCGUAGCGGAUGUCAUGACAAGAGAGUUCCCCGUUGUACCAGGUCACCACGUUUCCUCCGUUGAAGUUAUCGGGGAUAUCCGGGGUCUUUCCAAUGAGCUAACGAGGACAUGUUCCGGGAGGAAGAAAUCUCCCCUGGAUUUCCUGGUUAAGAAUUACAUGCACGGUCUUCGAACCACCGUCUAUGUCCGUGGAGCGGACACCCCUAUAGUGGGCACCCCUGAGUGGGUGGUAGACAUUCUGAAGAGCGUAGUAAUCCCGUUGUCCUUCACCGGGCGUGCUCUUGAUAACCUGGUCAAGAAAUUCACCAUGUCCGAUGUGCAUUUCGUUUUGCCGAACCCUAUGGCAGAACCCGACUCUCCUGAAUCCCAACCAAAGGUUUCUGCACUGGUAAAAGUGCUCCUUGGGUUACCAAAACAACUAGACUUUCAACUUGAAGUCCCACGCGUUCGCGCCGUUGCCGACGUUUACUACCGUGGAGAUAAGCUUGGGGUUUUGAGGCUGCAGGAAUGGCAACCGGCUAAUUCAACUCUAAUAGAAGAUGGUCUACUCGUGGAUUUCGCCAUGAAGAAUGCGCCCCUUGAGGUGACCGAUGCGGAUAUCUUGACCGAUGUCCUCCAGGACUUGAUCUUCAAAGGAGAAACCGUUAACCUCACCGUCGCCGCAAACGUGGAUGCGGAAGUCUCCACGAGACUGGGACGGUUUGUCAUCCGUGAAAUUCCAGCAGAGGGGCAGGUGAAUGUUCAACCACCAUACGGUGGCUCAUUCGACCAGCUUAAUCCGCAGAUCGAGUCGCUGGAGCUGGGUCCAACAACCGAGUCGUCUCUUGUCGUGAAAGCGAAAGUUAACAUUACAAAUCCUUCUCCAUACUCUGCAUCGGUGCCAUUUGUAGACCUCCUGUUAAUCUACAAUGCCACUAAAGUCGCCCACAUCACAGGUCGAGACCUGAUGCUCGUUCCAGGAGUAAAUACAGGCCUCUCUCUCGACUUAGAAUGGAGUCCAUUAGACCUAGACGGUCCAACUGGUCAAAAUGCUGGUCGUGAGUUGAUCUCACAAUAUGUUUCAGGAUCUAACGCCACCGUUACUGUGCAAAGUCACAACGGUACUAUCCCAUCUCUGCCACAACUUGGACAGGCAUUAUCCAGAUUAGGAUUUGACUUCCAGGUCCCUAAAGUCCCCGUCCGCCGGGCGCCUGGCAAGGAGCCGGAUGAUGACGAGGGACCGGGAUUCGUUCAAGAUGCCACGCUACAUCUCUGGUCUUCAACGGCCGAAUUCACAUUAUCCUCGCCGUUACCCAACACCACUAUCGUGGUUACCUCGAUAAAAGCCACUGCGCUUUACCAGCAGUACGUAGAGGUGGGCAAGAUCAACUACUACCUUCCCUUCCCGGUACCACCGGGUCUCUCACAGACCCCUCGGUUACCCGUUGAUUUGGACCUGAACGGCAUUGGUCGUGAUGCUUUAAAGAAAGCCCUAGGGGGCUCGCUCGCAUUGGAUGCAGUGGCGGAAAUUGGCGUUCGGGUUCGUAGUUACAGCGAUACCAUCUUCUACCACGGCAAGGGAAUUACAUCGCACGUCAGGCUAUAG